AGUCUGGUUCCAGUAUUCACAUUCAGAGCCCAGCAUCGCGCGGACUGGCCACAUCACCUCUCUUUCUCUCUUUGACACAACAUUUGGACUUUUUCCUGCUCCUUAUCAAGGACAUCAUGCUUUUAAAUGCACUAUAAGUACAGGACAAACACUAUUGUGCUUUUUUACAGUUUAUUCUAAUUUUCGCGAUCUUUUCGGGUUCGACAAUAUCACUUUUAAUCAGUGGAUUUGGUCUAACCAUGUAAUAAGUAUCUCUCAGAAGGUGUGAUCAGACUCCUGUAAGGUCAUUAUUGUCGGAUGUAUAAAUGCACGAGCUGUCAGAGAUGUUGAUGUCCAGGGAAUAUUCUGCUCUCAUUAUGCGCGAUCGGAAGGAAAGCGACGCGCGCUCCCGGGACGCGGAUCUGGAGCGGGUUCGCACCCGCGAGCGCUUAGACGCGACUGUCGCGGGUCUGGCUGAACUGGGGUACGUGAGGCAGAGACAGGAGCUGCUGGUCAGGAGUGUGUUAAACUUUCAAGAGGAGAGACCGAGCGUUGUAGUGGAGGACAGUUAUCUGAACAACGAAGAGAAACUUUUGGAGGAGAAUAUUUUAUUGCUGAGAAAACAACUGAACUGCCUUCGGAAGCGAGAUGCUGGUUUGAUCAACCAGCUCCAGGAGUUAGACAGACAGAUCAGUGACCUGCGAUUGGACACGGAGACGUCGCAUGAACUCGUGGAGACAGACAGCCGGCCGAGCUCAGGCUUUUACGAGCUAAGUGACGGUACUUCAGGAUCUCUCUCCAAUUCCUCCAACUCGGUCUUCAGCGAGUGUUUGUCCAGUUGUCGUUCCACCACCUGCCUGUGCACCCCCCUUGACACCUCGUUCUGUGCCUCCGACGGACGGCAGAAGCCUGCAGAUGAGCUGAGCGUUUGUGCCGAGUGUGAUUGCCAAUGCGAAGACUCCACCUCCAGAACAGUCAACAGGUCUCUUUCUGCGUCUUACUCCCCCUCCCCAGAUGGUGGCAGCGAGGGCGUGUCCAAAUUCCACUGUGACCUCAUUGCCAAAAAUGGUGGUGAUAUAUACCGGUAUCCCAGCCCUCUACAUGCAGUGGCUGUUCAGAGCCCUGUCUUCCUUCAAUCCAUGACUGGUUACCUAAAGGAUGAUUGUAACUUUUCCAAACUGGGUGAAGCGUCGAGUGAUGAGCAGAAACCAUAUCACCCCACGAGUUCCCAGAAUUCCUCCUGGCAUGGUUCUUUGCCAAACAAUAGACUGGAUAGUUAUAUCUUUGGUUUGCUUCAGAGGAGAGCGCAGCCUUUGAGGACCAACAGACCCCGAACAAGCAUCAACACUGACCCCUCCAAGAGCAUUUUAAGGCAGGCUAGUCUUUGCUCACGGGCCCCUGCUGCUGUCCAGCUCCAACAACGGACCUCUGACCUCAAGCCUAACUGGCAGACAUGUUUACAAGAUGUGUCAGCAACAAGCACUGAGCCAAGAACAGCUUCGCCCCAAAGACAAUGGACUGUUGAGUCCAAAGAAGGAACCUUACAAAACAGAGCAUCUUUUUCUUCAAGUCAACCACAGAAUGGUUACACAACCACCAAUGAUAGUAACUGUCUCUUGAAGAAGAACAAUUCCGGAGCUGGGAAAGGCCAGCCAGUAAGUGUUUUAUCAAAGGACUGCCAGGAUUUAGGAAGCCCAAAUGCAGUUUCCUCUCCCAAGCUCAACAAACACUCAUAUUACGUUGUGGAGGACAAGAAAUCAGGCCAGACAGCGAAAGCAAGCCCUGUUAACAGGAGUCCUAAGACUCAAGCUUCAGUCGGAUGUGGCAAGGAGGUGGAGAGGAUGGCUCCAGAAUUGCUCAGUCUUGGUUCCUCUUCUCAAAGCCAAGACGAGGGAGGUCAACUGGUCAGUGCCCAGUACAUCCCUGGCCAAAAACAGAACGUAAAUCUCUGCAAGGGUGGCACUAAAAACAUCAAAGUUGUUAAAGUGAAAAACACCAACAGUGUGAAAACCAGAUCGCAUGUUUCCGAGCACGUUUCCGAGAUCGCCCACAAGCAUCGGACCGGAUCUAGGAGGUCUCGACACGCAGACAAUGUCCACCACUCGCACAAGUCCUCUAAGAAGUCCACAUCAAAAGCCAAGAGAAUCCCUGCCUCCAUCCCUGAAGGACGAAUCCUGGAGAAGCACACUAGCUCCACGGAUCGAUCGUCUUCCCAAAGACAUCACAGGCAUCAUCGGCAUCAUGAGGCAGUGUUGGCCAAACCCAAGCACAAGCGCAACGACUACCACCGGCGUCCGAGGGGUCUCCACGAGAUCCCGUUCGAGGAGGCUUUCAAGAGAGCUCAUCGCAGGCAGAAACAAGAAAUGCUGGGUCACAUGUACCUGCCGUCUAACGCGCACUACACCAGUCCCUACGCUUACGUAGGCAGCGACUCUGAAUAUUCGGCGGAGUGCGCCUCCCUCUUCCAUUCCACCAUUUUGGACACCAGCGAAGAUGAGCGCAGUAACUACACCACCAACUGUUUCGGGGACAGCGAGUCAAGAGCGAGCGAGGCGGAGUACGUGGCUGAGAGCAGCACUAGCAGCGACUCUGAAGGUAGCGCAGGGGUCAACUGGCCCCAGUUUAACCAGGUGGAGUCCCAUGGAAUGACGGCGGCACAGGCGAAGGCGUUCGUCAAAAUCAAGGCUUCUCACAACUUGAAGAAGAAGAUCUUGCGUUUCAGAUCAGGCUCAUUAAAACUCAUGACCACCGUGUAAGAGACUCACGAAACCGUUCGCACGCGGCCGAUCAAAUUGGCGGCAAGUCACGCAAUCAAGUGCCUAGACAGAAUUCAGCUGCAUGGCCUAAAACUGCCUGUCAUACGCUCUCGGUCAGUGAUCCUAUCAGCUGGGAACUCGAUUUCUGUCCGGCUCCAUUGCCUGCACUUUUACAACUAAACGAAUGCUCAAAAUGGCAUUUGAAAAGCUUCUUUGUUAUGCCUCUGAUGUCGAUGUCUUUAGCCUUUUUUUACUUUUUUUGUUUAGUAUUUAUUAUAAAUCCAGCUUUGCUGUGAAGCAUCUACGUAGCAAGUACUAUGUAAAUGCAUUAUACAUGGUUUACUUUUCUAAAUAAGAUAUUUAUAACUUAAUAUAUUUGGUUAGUCAUACAUGAAAAUGGUACGGAAAGUAUGACUUAGCCGAAGCAGUGCAUUACAGAUGCAGUCUGUUUGACAAAAUAAUGUUACGAAGGCAAGUUCACCUGCUGAUUUUCAAGGGCUUUUGUUAUAUGCACAUUAAAUAUGCAUGAGCAACUGCUUCAUCUCUUUUACAUGAUUAGCUGUAAAUGACUCUGUAAAAUGAAUGUUAAUGAUUACUCAUGUCUUAUUCCUUAAUAAAU